UAACAAGUUCAGGUUCGACACAAGGAGGUUUUGAACAACCUAAAGAAAUAUCAUGGUGGACUGAUUUUUUCAUGGAAGUGAAUAAUUUUAGUUUUGAAAAAGAACCAAAAUACAAGGUUCCUAAUUUUGUGGAGCAUUUUGAUAAUAUAGUUAGUGAACCUGAUGUUCAGGGUGCUUUACAAGUGAAUAUUUUAGUUAAUCUAAACAUUGUGUUGAAAAAUGAGGGUAUUAUAUUUUCAUCUCCUUCUAGUACAGACAUGGCAGGUGCAGGCAUAUCAGACUUUGUUGCAAAAAAAGAAGAUGAUACAAUUUUAAUAAUUGAAGCCAAAAAGAAGGAAAUUUUGCCUAUUGAUCAUACAUCACCUGUGAUUUUUUUUCAAGAUUGUUCAAAGGCGAACUGUGUCAUCUCACAAGCAUAUACUUAUAUGAUUGAAAAUAACCUCCGCUAUGGAAUAAUCUCAACAUAUGAUUGCAAUUGGUUUCUUCAACAAGGAGGAGAUGAUCACAAUACAAUAUAUAUUUCAGAUACUGUAACUUUUAAUCAUAAUAAUCCAACUGUGUUAAAAUCAUAUGCCUAUAUAGUUCUGCAGGCAAAACAAAAUCAUUAUCUUCAACACCCUAAUAUCAUAUCUGUACAAAAUGUUAUUCCACCCAAGCAACACAUCACUCGUUUAGUUACAAAAAAUCAAAACCAAUUACAAUCACAAUCUUCAAAUAGAUCACAACAAUGUUCUUCAAUGACACAAAACUUAUCAUCAAAUCAAUUUCAAAAAUUUGAAUAUAGCAAUUUUAGUGAUAAGACUUAUUUAGGUUAUGGAAGGAGUGGGAAAACAUUUCAAUGUAAAUUUCAAGGUUAUGAUAUAGCUUUAAAAAUUACUGAUCUAUCAAAAAAAAAAAGGAUUUUACAUGAACUAAUACAUGAGCUAGAAGUUUAUUAUAUUCUUGAAGACAUCCAAGGAAUAUAUAUUCCAAAAUUAGUAUGUUAUGGUUAUUUACAAGGUACAAUGUAUUUCAUUAUAGGAACAACUUUUGUUGGUAAAUCAUUAGAGAAAUUUAAGAGUAUUACCAGAACACAAGAGCAAAAUGCUUACAAAACAUUGAACAAAAUUCAUAAACAUGGAGUUCUUCAUAAUGAUAUUCGAAAAGAAAAUAUUAUUCUUUGUGAUGAUGGGGAGAGAGUAUUUCUUAUUGAUUUUGGAAUGACUACUUUUGAUAUUGAUAAAGAAAAACAGCUAAAAGAAGCAAAGGAGAUGAAUUAUUGUUUAA